ACGCAACUGGCCUAUUUCCAAUUUGUCCCAUAGCUGAUCGUUGCUAGAGCUGCAGGGCAGUGUAAUCACCUGGGCCCCGACGUAAGCUGGAGUUGGAGGAGCCAGACACCAUGACCCAUGACGUAAUCUACCAUUAAGAUUCAAAAUUAUUCUUUCUCGACCUUGAAAUGGGGCAGAAAGUGUGGACGAGUUUUAGAAGGACGGCGUUGGAUUUCAGUUCAAAGACCUUGAGAGAAUGCUGUUGUGCAGUCACGAUGACUUGACUGCCAGUCCGCACUCAAAAGUUUCAAGUCACUACUAUUAUUGUUGCCGUCUGAGUGUCGUUCAUCCAUGAAUUUAGUUCGAAAGAGACCAUUACCUAAAUCACGAUGGCCGAUGCAGUUCAGCAAUCACGCUUCAGGCUGACAUCAACAUCAGUGCCAAAGACUCGCCUAGGAUUGUCCCUCGCCGAACGGAUUAAAGUGAUUGAAGCUCGACAAAUGGGAAAAUCAAUGCGGCAGUUGGCUACUCAAUUUGGAUGUGGCAAAACUCAAAUUCUCAACACUUUGACGCAAAAGGAUAGAUACAUUCACGAAUGGGAAGUUAUGGGUCGCAAUAAUCCUUCAAUUGGUGCCCGCAAGCGCUUUCGACAUUCACGUAAUGAACAGAUAAACCGGUCUGUCCAUGAUUGGUAUCAGCAGCAGACAGCCAGCGGUCUCCGAGUCACGGGGCCCAUGCUGCAAAAGCAAGCCAGGCAUUAUGCAACUCUCUUGGAAAUCUCAAACUUCGGAGCAAGCAAUGGUUGGCUAGCUAAUUUCCGAAGAUUUUAUAACAUCAUCAGUAGCUCUCCACAUCCAAGAAAACAGAAUCUUAGCAUCACUUUCCAUCAAUAUCACCCCAAUGAUAAAAGCAAGGAUUGCACUAACCAAGCAACCAGCUCAUCAAAUUAUCAUCAGCACGAGUUUGUAACGGUAGUGCCAGAGCAUGAAACGAGUGAUAGAACUUCUUCCAGGUUUCUUAAAACUGCUGAAGUUGAUCCUCUAGUAGAUGCAAGCCUACAACAGGCACAACAACCUUUGGAAUUAACUUGCAACAACAUUAGACAGUGUAGAUCUAAAACAACAAAUCACCAUCUGCUUAAUCCAAUAAUGUAUUCUAUUCCAUCCCCAAAUUCAACAUCACCGGAAGAAUGUUCAGGGAAAGAAGAGACCAUUCCGCAACGUGAUAAAUAUGUGAGCUCGUCACCGACUAUCAACCAUCGGAAGCGCCGUCUUCUUCAGUUGCACGAGGCUGAUCGAAUCGCAGUUUCCUCAAAAGAAAUCAUACCUGAAAUUUCCAAUGAUGAAGUACAAAUACUAAAAGAAAGGAGAAUACCGAAAUUGGUGCCCAUUAUGCCAGCUGCAGAUUACCUAACGGAAUUUGCAAAUCUGGCUCGUGCAAAAGGUUUGCUCACGUUAACUUUGAAAGACGAUUGCGGUCAAGACUGGGUGGAGAUUCGACAGUCAGUCGCAUUCUACCGAGUCCCGAAACACGGUUACCCCACACACUUAACCCGGUUGAUUGUCAACUCUAGUCUCCAAUACUUCCUUGAAGUGCUUGGCCAUUGCAUUCGAAAUGGAUCUCUUCGUUACAAUGACAACAGCUACGGUCUCAAUUAUCAAGAAGCCACGUCAAUUUUAAGUGCUGUUAACGGAGACUACAUUGUCUGUGCGGGAGUCGAAUCUAUUUCACAUAGAACGGCUGGUGACUCAAACAUGAAAGGCGUACAGGAUUUCGGAAAUCUAAAAAAUAUGUACUUGACUCUGCCGGAUAACAAGUACAGAUCAAACGAGUGCGCCAAGUGGAUUGAUUAUCGUUUUGGACCGAAAUGCUCAGCAUGCGAACAAGCGGCGCUUGAAUUUUCUUCUGUUCCAAUGGAUUUGCGUCGCAUGCCAUCACCAAAUUGCAAGUCAGCCAACAGGUUCGCCACAAAACCAGCAGUCGAUAGCUCAAAUAUGCUAAGGGUGCUGACAACUUCAUGGAAUCUUAAAGCUAACCUGCACCACGUCCGAUAAACUUCAGCGGCUCGUUUCACACAGAACGUCCAAGUAUACAACAGCGCAAUGAUGAAUUGGAAUUGAUCCAUUGUAAGCAUUCUUUUGUUUAUUACUAUAUAUUUUUUAAUCGUUA